CUCACUCUAUUUCUUUUUUUCCUCUUUUUUCUCUUUUUUUUUCUGUUCUUUUAUACAGAAUAGCAACAACACACUUUUAUCAUAUAUAUUCAUAUAUAUAUAUAUUUGACAUAUAUAUAUAUAUCUUUAUAUUAUUACCAUUACUUUACUGUUUAUAUAUUAUAUAAUCUACAUAUAUUCUAGUAUAUAUUUAUAUACAUCAUACAUACACACACAUAUCAUCAAGUGAAAGAAAAAAAAAAGGGAAUUUCAGCUGGACUGUUCAUCAUUCAAUAUAAUAAUAUGACACAACAAGAAAAAAGAAAAGAGUCAACCAGGAGUUGGGCUCAACUUGAAAUUGAUAAUGCCUAUCUUAAACAACAGAAUGAAUUAUUAAACAAAGAAUUGUCCUUUGCAAGAUAUACAAUUAAUGCAUUAAAAGGCAUCACACUACAAAAAGAGAAUACGCUUAAUGAAACCAGGCAGGAACUGGAAAGAGCUUUACAGCAUAUCCAAUUAUUAUCCUAUUCUUUAAAACAAUAUCAAAACAGAAACAGCUUAUUAGUAAACCCUACAUUGAUUCAAGAUAAUGACUUAUCCGAUGACUUGUCAGAAGAAGAUGAUAUUUUGGAUCAACAAAAGCGCUCUUUAAACAUCAUGUCUAAAUUACCCCUUCGCCAUAAACAACAACAGCAAGUCUUUGUUAAUAAUGACAUGAUGACCAACUUUUAACUUUUUUUUUAUAUUAUUAUUUUUUUAUCUGGGGAUUAUUUAAUGUUGUCAUGCGCACACAUUGCAAAUAUCAUAAAUAAAAGAAAAUUUUAUAUAUCUGUUUUUCUCGCUUUUGUCUAGAGGGCAUACUUGUUCU